UGCCAGCAACAAUCGAACCGCCGUGCGAGCAGUAGGGGAGCAGCACAAAGAGAGCAGCAUCAGAGAGCAGCCCAGCAACACGCCGCCGACGCGAGAACUCCUCAAAAGAAGCAUGGGCCUCACAUCAAGAGACAAGCGCGACGCCUACUACCGCCUCGCCAAGGCGCACGGCUACCGCGCGCGCGCGGCGUUCAAGCUCAUCCAGAUGGAGGACACGCUUUCGUUAUUGAAAAACGCGACGCGCGUCGUGGACCUGUGCGCGGCGCCCGGGGGCUGGACGCAAGUUGUGGUGGAGCGCUGCGCCGCGGCGGUCGUCGCCGUCGACCUGAAGGACGUCGCGCCGGUCGACGGGGCGACCAUAUUGGUGGGGGACCUGACCUCGCCGCUCGUCAUCGAGCGCAUCGCUUCGACCUUGGACGGCAAGGCGGAUGUUGUAUUGUGCGACGGCGCCCCGGACGUCCUCGACCUCGGCGACGUCGACGCGCACCUCCAGCUGUCGUUAUGUAGGGCGGCCCUGGUGUGCGCGCGCAAGGUGCUCGCACAGGGCGGGAGCUUCGUCUGCAAAAUAUAUCGGGGCCGCGGCGCGGCGGCGUUCUUCGACGAGCUGCGGCGCGAGUUCGCCGACGUGCUCUGCGCGAAGCCGCGCUGCUCGCGCCACGCGUCCGUCGAGGCCUACGCCGUCGGGCGCGGGUUCGGGCGCGCUUCCGAUGCCACGGGCCCGGUCCCCUUCGUCGCGUGCGGCGGCGCGGACGCGUUCGACGCCGACGCGUCGUAUGCGCUGGAGGAGGACUACGUCUACCGCGACCCGGUCCAGGCGCCGCUGCGGCCGCCGCACCUCGUCGGCGUGCCGACGCCGCCGCCCGCGCCGACGGCGCGGCGCGCGGCGCCCGCGGUCGCGGCGCGGCCGCCUCGGCGGCGGGAGGCGUUGGCUUGUGAAGGGGCGCCGCCUCCGGCUUCGGAUGCGGGCGGGUUGGGGGCGUGGUUUUUGUAA